UUUAUAAAGCAGAGCUUGUACCCCGAUAAUCAGCUUCUGUGGUCAUAGAGUAAAUUGGAGCCAGCUUGCAAACUCAGGAGCCCUGACCUGCAGCCCAGACUGUUGCUGAUGCUUCCUCUUGUGUCCUCUUUCCCUCCUCCCUGCAGACUCAUGCUCCUUUCAAACGGAUCUUUCUGUUACUGUAGGUCUUCUUGAGCUGAAAGGAUGAAAGUUGGCAAUUGGGAAGUCACCGUCACCGCCCUAAGCCUUGUCCUAACUUGUGGAGUCCCAGUUGAUGUCUUUGGGUGUACGAGCCUGUGAGAGUGUCCACUGUCCCCUUCCAUGAUUUAGACAGUGGCUUGGAGCAUGCAUAAUUAGCGGAAUGGUCGGCCACCGGAGCUGCAAUGUCGUCCCUGACGACCUCCAGUGAGGGAGAGAACUCCACUCCCAGGUUUGUUGUCGGUUCCAGGGAUGAUGAGACGGACUUUCUGGGACCAAACAUGAAGACAGACGAAACAGAUUUCUUUGAAGAUGAGGAAGAGGAGGAGUCGCCACCUGAACGGCAGAUUGUGGUUGGAAUCUGUGCCAUGACCAAAAAGUCCAAGUCAAAGCCCAUGACGCAGAUUCUGGAGCGUCUGUGCAAGUUUGAGUAUAUCACAGUGGUGAUCAUGGGGGAAGAUGUUAUCCUGAAUGAACCGGUGGAAAACUGGCCCUCUUGUGACUGCCUCAUAUCCUUCCACUCCAAAGGAUUCCCCCUGGAUAAAGCAGUUGCUUAUGCCAAGCUGUGCAAGCCGUUUUUGAUUAAUGACCUUGACAUGCAGUAUUACAUCCAGGACAGGCGUGAAGUGUAUCGGAUCCUUCAAGAAGAGGGAAUAGACUUGCCCCGCUAUGCUGUGCUCAAUCGAGAUCCUGAUAGGCCAGAAGAGUGCAACUUGGUGGAGGGAGAGGACCACGUCGAGGUAAAUGGAGCUGUUUUCCCAAAGCCAUUUGUAGAGAAGCCAGUCAGUGCUGAAGACCAUAAUGUGUAUAUUUACUACCCGACGUCAGCAGGUGGGGGCAGCCAGCGGCUCUUUCGGAAGAUUGGCAGCCGGAGUAGUGUGUAUUCCCCAGAGAGCAGUGUGAGGAAGACAGGCUCAUACAUUUAUGAGGAAUUUAUGCCUACAGAUGGCACUGAUGUAAAGGUGUACACUGUGGGGCCGGACUAUGCCCAUGCUGAGGCUCGCAAAUCCCCUGCUUUGGAUGGGAAGGUUGAACGGGAUAGUGAAGGGAAAGAAAUCCGUUACCCAGUCAUGCUGACUGCCAUGGAGAAACUAGUUGCUCGGAAAGUCUGCGUAGCCUUUAAGCAAACAGUGUGUGGGUUCGACCUCCUGCGGGCAAACGGCCACUCCUUUGUCUGCGAUGUGAACGGCUUCAGCUUUGUGAAGAACUCCAUGAAGUAUUACGAUGACUGUGCCAAAAUCCUUGGAAAUAUAAUCAUGCGGGAAUUGGCUCCCCAGUUUCAUAUUCCCUGGUCCAUCCCAACAGAGGCAGAAGACAUUCCCAUCGUCCCCACAACUUCAGGCACCAUGAUGGAGCUUCGUUGUGUUAUUGCAGUCAUCCGUCAUGGAGAUCGCACCCCAAAGCAGAAGAUGAAAAUGGAAGUGAAGCAUCCCCGGUUCUUUGAAUUAUUUGAGAAAUAUGAUGGCUACAAGACAGGGAAGUUGAAGCUGAAGAGACCAGAGCAGCUACAGGAAGUGCUGGACAUUGCACGGCAGCUUGUGGUGGACCUGGGAACCCACAGUGACUGUGAGAUUGAGGAGAGGAAAUCCAAACUGGAACAGCUAAAGAGCGUCUUGGAGAUGUAUGGACAUUUUUCUGGCAUUAACCGUAAGGUUCAGUUAACCUAUCUGCCUCAUGGACAUCCAAAAGCUGCAAGUGAAGAUGAAGAAGCUCGACGAGAGUCUUCCCCAUCCCUUCUCCUGGUGCUCAAGUGGGGUGGGGAGCUGACACCAGCAGGAAGAGUCCAGGCAGAGGAGCUGGGCCGAGCCUUCCGCUGUAUGUACCCCGGUGGCCAAGGUGACUACGCUGGUUUCCCUGGAUGUGGCUUGCUCAGACUGCACAGCACCUACCGUCAUGAUCUCAAGAUCUAUGCCUCAGAUGAGGGACGAGUUCAGAUGACAGCAGCAGCUUUUGCAAAGGGUCUGCUGGCCCUGGAAGGAGAACUGACCCCCAUCCUGGUGCAAAUGGUGAAAAGUGCCAACAUGAAUGGUCUCCUGGACAGUGACAGCGAUUCCCUUAGCAGCUGUCAACACAGAGUGAAGGCACGACUGCAUGAGAUCAUGCAGAAGGAUGCUGAGUUCUGUGAAGAGGAUUACGAAAAGCUAGCACCUACAGGCAGCGCUUCUCUGCUCAACUCCAUGACGUUUAUCCAGAACCCAGUUGAGGUCUGCAACCAGGUGUUCAGCCUGAUUGAGAAUCUCACCUCCCAGAUACGAAAACGUCUGGAAGACCCAAAAUCUGCAGACCUGCAGCUGUACCACAGCGAGACUUUAGAACUGAUGCUGCAGCGCUGGAGCAAGCUGGAGCGAGAUUUCCGCAUGAAAAACGGGCGCUACGACAUCAGCAAGAUCCCUGAUAUCUAUGACUGCAUCAAGUACGAUGUGCAGCACAACUGUGCACUCAAACUGGAAGGCACAGCUGAACUCUUCAAACUCUCCAAAGCCCUGGCAGAUGUGAUCAUACCCCAGGAAUAUGGGAUUAAUAAGGAGGAGAAACUGGAGAUUGCCAUUGGCUUUUGUCUUCCUCUCAUUAAAAAGAUCCAGUUGGACCUACAGAGAACCCAUGAAGAUGAGUCUGUCAACAAACUACAUCCCUUGUACUCAAGAGGAGUUCUGUCACCAGGUCGCCAUGUUCGGACACGGCUCUACUUCACCAGUGAGAGCCAUGUGCACUCUCUGCUCAGUAUCUUCCGCUAUGGGGGGCUCCUGGAUGAAAACAAAGACCAGCAGUGGAAGAGAGCCAUGGACUAUUUGAGUGCUAUCUCAGAGCUGAACUACAUGACCCAGAUUGUUAUCAUGCUCUACGAGGACAACAACAAGGACCCAUCUUCAGAAGAGCGUUUCCAUGUGGAGCUGCAUUUCAGCCCUGGUGUGAAAGGCUGUGAGGAAGACAGAAACGUGCCCACAGGGUUUGGCUUUCGCCCUGCCUCUGCAGAGAAUGAGGACAAGAAAGCAGACCAAGGCAGCCUGGAGGAUCUCUCCAAGGAGAAGAGCAUGGAUGAGCCAGACCACGGGCAGCAAAGGUCUCCGCAGCUUUCCGAGCCGGUCAGCAUCCAGCGAAGGUCACCGCUGAUCAGGAACCGCAAGACUGGCUCCAUGGAGGUGCUAUCUGAAUCUUCUUCCAAAUCAGGAGGUUAUCGCCUCUUCAGCAGUUACUCGAGACAGUCUUCUGAGAUGAAGCAAAGUGGCUUAGGGUCACAAUGCACCGGCCUGUUUAGCACCACUGUGCUGGGAGGCUCCUCCAGUGCCCCCAACCUCCAGGACUACGCUCGCAGCCAUGGCAAAAAGUUUGCCAGCAGCCUGACAUACAAAGACGAGCUCUUGUCUAUGCCAGCCGUAAAACGAUUUUCUGUGUCGUUUGCAAAGCAUCCGACUAAUGAUACAUUUGAGCACCUCCACGUUGCCCAGUUGCUGCGCCGUUUUUCCUCUGACUGUGCCACGAGCCGGAACAUCUCCCUGGAUGCCGCUCUAGCCCAUCACCUCCAGCACUGCUCCUACCACCUGCGCCUCUUCAGGAGCUGGCUGAUCUCAGGGCAGGAGGACUUGGAGUGUCUUUACGGUUUUGAAGGCUGUUCCAUGGUUCCCACCAUUUAUCCCCUGGAGACCCUGCACAACUCCCUCUCUUUGCGACAGGUCAACGAGUUCCUGACAGCUGUGUGCAGGAGCUGCAGUGAGUCGCAUGUCCAGUCUACUGCAGCUUUGUUUGAUUCAAUGAUUGGCAGCCAGAUACCAGGAGACCCCUUUAUGUCCCAGCGAAUCCUGUCAUCUUCCUCUUUGCCAUUGCGCCAGCGUUCGGAUAAGCCCCCUUGGUACAGCAGUGGCCCCUCCAGCACAGUCUCCAGUGCAGGCCCAUCCUCCCCAACCUCUGUGGACAACUGUGCUCGCUUCAGCUUCAGUGAGAAACUUUGCAUCAGUCCCCCCAAAAGCGAGGAACAGCUGAAUAGCCAGUCCCCUGAGCAAGAAGAGGGACAGCCGCCAGGCAGCGGGCUUGACGUGGAGGUGGAGGUGUCUGGGUUGUUGGAGCCAAGUGCCCCAGAGACCCUCACCUGGAAUAAGGGCCCAGAGCCAGGCAGGGUCCUGGAGCUGUGUGAGAAGGAGCUGGCGGAGGAGGACUCUAACCCAGAGAAGAGCACGGUGGAGCUGGAUGAAGAAGAAUCAGCUGGGGAAAUGUUAGAACCAAGUAACACAGGGAACCCAGAGUGUGGUGCAGGGCCUGAUGUAAGGCUGGCUGGGGAGAGUGUGAAGUCAGGUGAGGGGUGUGUAGGGGGAAUGACUGGCCUGGGUCAGUCAGGGCUGUCUAAGGAGGGCUUGGUGCCCUGUGAAGAGGAGCUGCUGGGCGAGGUUCUGGACCCAGAGCAUGUGGGCAAGGAGCCGCUGGGGGACAGUGCUGUGCCAGGCCAGGGGCAGCCCCUGCCUCCUGAGAGAAGUGUGGAAGAGCUGCAGCUGCAGUGUCGGGGGAAUCAGCAGAAUUAGUGGCUCACCGGAUAGCAAACUGCAAGCGCUUCUAGCCUGGAGGCAGCCCAGUUUCCUGCACAGCACCUCAUGCGGCUGGCUCUCUACAGCACAGAACAAGCCAUGUCCCAAGGCCACAGGACUUUGGGGUUUGAAAGAGUCUGCUCUGCUCCUCCACAAGCGAGCUCUUUGCCAUUUGGCAUGAGACGAUGCCUCUCUGCCUUGUUAAGUGAACAACAAAUGCAUGGCACCUCUGUGGAACGGGGACAUGGGGCUGCACUGUGUCCC